UUUACGGAUCUGAAAGCUAUAUAAAUAUACAAUCCGUACUUUAUAUACGUCGCAAAACAGUAAGAGGAAAGGAAAUAUGUUGAAUUAUUAAGAUGAAUUGAUUUUUGAUCGAAUAUUACACAUUGUUUUUGUGGAGCUAAGUUAUAGAACAGAUAAAAGAUGAGGAAUAUAAGUCACAUAAACGAGACAUUGCUUGCUCAGACACAGAGAGAGGUUUCCUCACGUCUAUUGCCGGUGAUCGUGUGUAUGGCAGUCGUCGGCGUCGUCGGGAUACUUGGAAACAUAUUUGCUUUCAUUUUCUACACUUUCAAAGUUAAACGUACUCCCUGUACCGUGCAGAUAGCUUGCCUUUCGGCUAUAGACUUCUUGGUCUGCGUAAUGAUCAUCCCUAAUAUUGUUGAAAUGGCCGUCAAUGUGAAAUAUGAUGUACCGUUCCUCUGUAAACUUACUCACUUCUUAGGAUUAUGGACGAUCGGAAGCUCUUGUUUUAUACUGUGGCUUAUAGCUUUAGACAGGCAUAGAAAAAUAUGUAAGCCAUUUGCCAAGCAGAUGACGGUAAGGUCAACUGUACGCGCCAUUGUAGGAUUGUUGGUUUUGGUAUUUUUCCUAUCUGUGAGAAAUUUCGCCAUUUUUGACUGUAUUGAAAUAGAUGUCCGGAUAUCGGGCAGCAAUGAAACGGUCAGAGGCCGAUACUGUACGACCAGGGCCGAUUCUGGAUAUAAACUUAGUGUUUCGAUUUUUCAUGGCGUUGACUUUCUGAUAAGUUUAAUGAUUUGGAUUACAGUGAUUGUUACAUACACGCACGUACUUUGCACACUGUUUAGAAUGAGACGUACAUUUUCUCGUGACAAAACGGAGAGUGGCGAGAACACCGCGCGCAACACAACGGAGAGAAACAUCACAUACAUGAUGCUUACCGUUUCUCUCUUAUUCGUAUUGUGUUUCUUCCCGUACUAUGCAAUCAAAGUGGUAAUGAGACUGGCUUUGAAAUCCGGGGAGGAGUUUGAAAUGGCUGUUGGGGCACAAUUUGCCCUGAGGCUCGUGUAUUUCAACAGUGUUUUCAAUCCAAUAGUGUAUUGCUUCUUCAACCCACAAUUCAGGCAAUAUCUAAAAGAACUGCUUUUCAGAUGCUUUCGAUGUGGAAAGAAAAAUAUUAGUGAAGACAAACAACAGGAAACACAGUUUUCAUCGAUCUGAAAAUGUCCAAUACGUUAUUACAAAAGGCUUUUCAAGGUUUAACUCAUUUAAUUGGCUGUAUCUGGCAGUUUUUUUUAAACUUGAUCAAUAGCAAGACAACAUUCUUAGACUGAUCUCCUAACUUGAAACUUGAAUGAAAUAUACCAAUCUUCUGAUAACCAGAUCUUGUCAGUGAUAAGGUGCAGACAACUUCUCCACAGGAGAGGAAAGAAGACAGAACGUACGAUGUAUUUAUUAUUUAAACAUUUUUCAAACUUUUCUCCCUUUUAAAAUGUUGUUCGAUACAUGAUUUCCAAAAUUUCUUCUUUAUUUCGAAGAAACAGAUGUGAGUUAUACAUCUUGCAACAUGUUUGUGUCAGAGACCAUUACACUCCUUGAGUUUAAAACGUUUAAGUUUUACGAAAAGAAAGCAUACUCAUAGCAGAGCUUCAGUGUUAUACUUUCGAAAAACAUUUGAAUUUUAAAUUUUACUUAGAUAUGAAACUACUUCUGUGUUAACUUAGAUACUUUGGUGGAAGUUUUUUAAGAAUGAAAUAUAAUUAGGUCAAAUAGUUAUUUACGUCCAAUAACCACGUGAUAUUUGGACACACGCCGCGCCUAUCUAGAGUUGGAUGCGUAGGAUGCUUUGUGUCUGGAGGGACAGGUAGAUAUAUCAAUGAAAGGAAGUUCACAAAUUCUAUUGGACGCAGAGCUGUUUUGACACGUGUCUUCUGAUAUGUUUCAUCGGUCUCUUGGUAGCGUUACUCUUGUUGCGCUGCCUGCUGCGUAGUUACUUAGUACAUUACUGUGGGUUUUGCUUGAAGGGCGCUGUAUGUUCACAGUGUUUAUAUUCAUUUCGUUUCAUACAAUUAUGUAAAUGCAUUAAUGUAAAUAUAUAAUCACAUUUUACGA